UGUCGGGUAGAGUCUGGCAGCUUUCGCUUCUGUCUGGUGACAGAAAGUCGCCGUGCUCUGAGGUUUGGAGGUUUGUUGACUGGAUCAUUGUGGAGAGAUGAGUUUCUACAGUAAUGCGUCUACCGACGACAUGAGUGACGAGUUGGAGACUUUGGGGUGGUACCACUAUGACCUGUCCCGCCAUGCUGCAGAGGCCCUUCUCUUGUCCAAUGGGACUGAUGGGAGUUAUCUCCUGAGGAACAGUAAUGAGGGACCAGGCUGCUUCGCCUUGUCUGUCAGGGCGAAGGAUUCCGUCAAGCAUUUUCAUGUCAUGCGUAAAGAUAACGGCUAUGUCUUUGGGUUUAAUGAAUUUGCAACCCUUCAAGACUUUGUCAACCACUUUGCCAACCAGCCAUUGCUUGGCAGUGACACAGGAACCCUCAUUGUGCUGAAGUGUCCGUACCCAUGGCGUGUGGAGGAACCGUCCAUCUACGAGUCUGUGCGAGUUCACACAGCCAUACAGACGGGCCGCACAGAAAACGAUCUGGUGCCAAACGCCCCAUCGCUGGGCACAAAGGAAGGCUAUCUAGUGAAACAAGGAGCAAUAGUGAAGAACUGGAAACAAAGGUGGUUCACGCUGAACAGAUAUGAACUCAAAUACUUCAAAGACAAAAUGUUUGAGGAGCCCAUUCGAGUCCUGGAUCUGAGAGCCUGUUCUGCAGUCCAGUUUGACUACUCUCAGGACAGAGUUAACUGUUUCUGCCUGGUGUUUCCUGAGAGAACAUAUUAUCUUUGUGCCAAAACGGGUGUGGAGGCAGACGAGUGGAUAAAAAUCCUGCGGUGGAAAAUGUCACAGAUAAGAAAAGGUCGAUGACUGCUGUCAGUGGAGACAGUGGAGUUGGAAAGAAACCCUGCCCUCAAAGCAGACGUCACAUCAGCUGCAUGAACACAGACGAACGGCACCGUUGGAAGAGUAAAACUGAACAUGAAUAAGGCUGGGACACAUUUUCCUGAGUGUACUGGGUGUGACUUCACUUUGCUUUAUUAGAAAUGCAGUAUUUAUUUAGCACAAAGAUGCUUCAUUUCUCAUGAGUCUCCUGUGAACUGCAUUUCUUUCCUAGAGGAUGUUUGUUCCUUGCAUGUUUAACUUGAAAAUUAGAUUCUACAGUUAUUUAAAGGGUGACACCAAGACCAACAAUGUGUUCACCUCUCUGAACUUUUUAACUUCCCAGCCGUGGGGGGUGUAAGGUUUCUUUGGCUCUCUGCUCCAAUUCAAUUUAUUAUUGAGUAUUUGGGCCAGAAAGUUACUUGUAUUUGUUUAUAGUAUUUCUGGGACUGAGUCAAAAUAAACAGGAGUGUGUAUAUUGAUGAUAAUAAAGGCACAUGACCCACGAUGCAGAACACAGUACACGGCCUUCACAGAAGAACUCUGUGUUCCACCUUAUUAGUGACACCUUAAACAGCUCCGUGUAGCAACAGGAUAUAAACAAACUGUCAAACGUCACAUCAGACACUUCGGUAGCAGCUGCCCCUGAACUUCAUGUUGUGUGUAAUCAGGAAGAAGUGAUGAAGAGCAUGGAAGCACAUGGAAGCAAACGGGUUGGACAGAAACAUUCAGUGAGGAGCUGCUGGGCUCCUGAAUAAUUCCAGUGUUCUCUCCCCGUGUUUCUUUACUGUCAGCUAAGUUCCAACAUAGAUUGUUUAUUACUGAACAAUAUGAAAAGCAGGAUGAACUUAAGAGGUGGUUAGUGAUAUACAUAUGUUAUAUAUAUAUAUGAUAUACAUAUAUUUCCAUAUUGAAACUAAAUGGGGUAAUAUAUGUAGCAUCACAGCCAGGAACCAGAUGUCUAAAACUGAGAUGGUUAAGUAUUUAGAUCUUUUACUUGAGUAAAAAUACUAAUACCAGACUAUGAAAAUACUCCACUUAAAAGGAGGAGUCCUGCAUUUGAAACCCUACUUAAGAAAUGUAUUAAGUGCAAAAUUUACUUGUGUGAAAAUUAAAAUUAUUCAGUAAAAUGA